GGACGAAAUCGAAAUGUCAACUGUUGUCGAGUCCGGCCCUAACCUCAAUGUUUAACGUGUGUUGGUGUUGUCAUACUAUUAUUUUCUUCGAAAGUGUGAUUUUUGUGGAUUCUCUUUCAGAUUUCUAGAAAUAAAGUAUAAAAAUGGGUAAGCCAAAACGGGGUCGUUGUGCGAAACGAAAUAAGAAUAAAGCCACAGAGCCUGAUGAACUAGUACAAGCUCCACAUUCAUUUGUAAUCCACCGAGGGCUUCCCGGUGCGCAUAUCUUGGAGUUAACUAAGGAUUUCAGGAGAGUUAUGGAACCAUAUACGGCCACAUCGCUAAAGGAGCGCAAAAAGAACACUAUAAAAGACUUUUUGUCUGUAGCUGGCCCCCUCCAUGUCUCCCAUAUAUGCAUAUUCUCCAAAACCAGCUUAGGAAUGUAUUUAAAGAUAGCCAGAUUGCCUAGAGGUCCUACAUUGACCUUUAAGAUCCACAAUUUCUCACUUGCCAGAGAUGUUGUGUCUUCUUUGAAAAAGCAGUCUGUAGUUGAGGAAGCAUUCAAACAUGCCCCUCUGAUAGUACUUAAUAGCUUUAGUGGAGAAGGAUUGCAUCUCAAAAUGAUGGCUUCUAUGUUUCAGAAUAUGUUUCCUACAAUCAACUUGCUGACUGUUGAUUUGAAUACUGUUCGUAGAUGUGUCUUACUAAACUAUAAUUCAACCACAAAAAUGAUAGAUUUCAGGCACUACAGUAUUAGAGUAGUGCCAGUAGGUAUCUCAAAAGGUGUCAAGAAAGUAGUGCAAGGAAAAGUUCCGGAUCUUAGCAGAUGCAAUGAUAUUGCCGAGUUUUUUACAAAGGCUGGUAUGUUAUCAGAAAGUGAGGCUGAAGAUGAUCCUCAACAUCAGGUAACUGUACCACAAAAACUAAAGACCAGAGGAACUUUGGAGCAAGAAAAAUCGGCCAUUAGGCUAAGUGAGCUGGGCCCUCGUCUGACUUUGAGUCUAAUCAAAAUUGAAGAUGGACUCCUCGAUGGAGAGGUGCUCUAUCAUGAUCUUAUUCAUAAGAGCGAGGAAGAACGCGAGGAAAUACAGAGAAAACGUGAAAUGAAAAAGAAACUUAAAGAAAAGAGAAAGAGGAUUCAAGAAGAGAACAAGAAAAAGAAAGAAGAAUUAAAAGCACAGUUGAAAGAAAAGUCAAUGAAGGGUCAAAAAGAGAAAUCUGAAUUAAGAGUGGAUACAAGUGAACAAAAAGAAGAAAUGAAAAUAGAUAAGAACCAAGAAGAAAAUGCAGAAGUAGAAGAUGACGAUAGGGAGUAUUAUAGAGAAGAAGUGGGCGAAGAACCGGACAAAGAUCUAUUUUCGUCAAGGCCUGGUGGCUAUAAACGUAAAUUCCGUCCUCCCCCAUAUGGAAAUAAAAAACGAAAGACAGAGGACGGGCAACAAAGGGACAGAAAUCAGAAUCAGAGAGACACAAGAGAUGGCCACAAAAAGUCUGAUGGUUUUAAGUCGAAAAAAAGGGAGACUUUCAGGAAGGGUGCUAAGGGUGGUGGUGGAGAAAGGGGAUUCAAGCGGGGAGGAAAGCAGAGCGGUAAAGGGAAAAGGGUGGACAAGACGAAUUCUGCUAAUAGGGAUAAUCGGCCUGUGGGAGGAAAUGCACGCAACUACCGGAGGUGAUCUAUGUAGGUUUUAAGUGUUGAAAAAAUUUAGUUUGGAAUGAGAUUCGAUCAUCAUAUAAUAAAAUUCUAUCCAUUUGUUGGUUUUCUGAAUGUGUCGUAGAACUUGGUGCAUGAGAUUAACCAAAUUCCUAAGAUUUGUAGAUUCUAAUCACAAUUACUUAAAUCUUGAAUCUAGGUAUAUUAGUAGCCUUUAUACUAUCAUAUAGUAUAUUACACAACUCGAGCAUCAUAGGAAGUGUAAACUAAAAAUUGGCCAACGAGUCCCGGUGUGUUGCUUCCGUCUCCAUUCAAGGUGGUAAUUGCAUUUCAUCACAAUUUAUAAAAAUGUUUGAAACAUUUAUAUGCUCCAGGCAUUGUAUUGACAUGCAUUUUCAUGAUUUGAAUGAAAUUAACCAUUUUAUUCCUGAGUAUUAUUCCCUAUUACAUUUACAUGGGUUCUCAUCAGAAAUAUGUUCUUCUUAUAUUCUAUUUUCACCAGUAACAGUUGUUGCUGUUAAGUGUCUGGUAUGUGGUAAAUACAGUGCAUGGCUGAGGAGAUAUUUGAUCUCCGCCCUAGUAACACUUUAAAAAAGCACACCCUAUAAUGUUUUUCCAUAUGACUUUAACAACUAAUAAAUAAUAAAUAUUAUUGCGAUCGGGGAACGGGGAACUUUCGUUCAAACUUUGAAUUUUAAAGUUGC